CCAGCCUCGACACGCCUGCCGCCGCACCGCCAAGCGUGAUCGACGCUCUUGAUGCGAGCUCGUCUCGGCCGCAAAUGACAUCGGUGCGCCUCUCAGUCGAGCGGCACACCCUUGUCGCUUUCGUCCCAUGUUGUUGCUCGGACUCAAGAUCGUCGAUUACGCCCAGCGAAGCAUCAGUCGAUGGCGAGCGGUACGCGUGCCUGCGCCACACACCCAAGCUUACCUGCUCACACGCCCUCUCCCAUCACGCAGCUCGCCUCGACGGCCGAUCUGCCUCAUACUGCUUCGUGAACACCGUGGAUGAAGAGUACCUCUUCGCCAGUUAGCAUCGAGGCGCUCCUCCGCUGAGGUGCGCCUCGUGCCAACUGGUGACGAGCCUUUUCAUCCACGCGCGCUCAUCGGAGCGGCUCGCGGCGACGUGCAGUACGUUGGAAGUGCACGUCAGUCGCACCUCAAGCUCACGCGAGC